AAGUCUCAUCGAUACUAUCGAUUGGUCAACAUCGAGAAAAUCAUUGAUUAUUUUUCAGCUUAAUUUUGUUCUUAAGUUCGUAGAAUAGAUCACAAAAUAAAAAAAAUGGAAGAUGGUAGAGCGUGCAAAUUGUGCAGGGAUAAUAAGGCGAAGGAGAUCGAUCUCGAAAAGCCAAAGUUUAAAUCGGCCAACAAUCUGCUGCAGAAACUCUUCGAGUAUUACAAAAUCGAUAUCGCUAUUCUAGGGGAUAGUUCGUGCCUCUGCGAGCCCUGUUUUUAUAACGUCUUACACAUAAGCGAGUCCCUUGAGAAAUGGAGCUCGACCCAUGAAGAGAUACAAGUCAAACCGCUCGAAAUAGACGAUUCCAAUGCAUUUCAGGUGAAGUUGGAAGAAUUUGAAGAUGAAAUACACGAAGAAAAUAAGGCCGAAUCUCCCGAUGAAUAUGAAACGGAAAUGCAAGAAGAGGAAGGUGAUGACCUAUCGGGGCAAGACAAUGAUUUGGAUAUGACCGAAAAAGAACCAUCCACCCCCUGGACUGGAGACUUUUUUAGCGUGGGAUUGGACCGAGAUGGCCUUGCGAUAUGUAAGUUCUUCAAUGACAAAACCAAAACCAUGCGGAUUCUGUGCACCUGUUGCAACCAGGUUCUCGAAAUUCUUGCCCUAAUUCGGAUUCACAUUUCAAAACCCCGUCUAAAUCCGACCUACUACUGUCGAGACUGUUGUUCAGAUUUCCCCAGUCUUUGUGAAUUAAAGACACACAUUCGGAUGAUGGGUCAUUUUAAAAAUAAAUGUGGUGGAAAGGAAAUGGAAUUCCUGUGCUUAAAAUGCCAUAAAUUAUUUCCAAAAUACUUCGAAGUCCUCAGGCACGAGAACAGUGAUCACGGUUCAAUGGAUUACAUCUGUCGAUAUUGCAAUAAGCGCUUUAAAACCCGAAGAAAUUAUGAGAAGCACCAACGGGACCAUAACCCCAAACUGGAAAGACAGGAAAAAUAUGAAUGCGGUGGUGAAGGUUGUAAUCGAACGUUUCGAAAGUGGGAGCGAUAUGAGGCACACAUGAGAAGUCACAAACCUCAUUAUUCCCAAUGUCCCUAUGUGGGAUGCAAUACCGAAUUAAGUCCCAGAAAUCUAAAAGACCAUAUACGAUCACAUGUAACGGUGCAAGCAGAGCGGGGUCAUUUUCUAACUCUGGAUCCUUUGAAGCGGGAAGAACCGGAUCAACGAAAGGUGCCUUACGGCAAACAUAAAAUGCAUAACCUAGGGAUUCGAUUUUUGUCGGAAGUUCCUGCUCCGCAUUUCAGCGACGGAGGACAGUUCAUCAGCCUGCCCAAACAGUUAUCUUUGCAGCAAGGAAAAUACAUCAAUUGUGAUAACAAAUCCUAGUUAACUGUUAAUGAUAGAAUUUUUUUGAUUUGGAAUAUUAUUUUUCGUCAAUACCUAUACCAUUUCUUUAUAUUUUCAUUUUGAUAGUAGAGAAUAUUUACGUUAUUUUGACUCGUUAUUUCUUUUAUGCAAUAUAACGUUGAAAACUUAUCUCAUUUGAAUUUAAUUUUUAAGCAUUCUAAUUAAGAUAUGCAAUGAAAUGUUAUUUUUAAGAAGUCUUAAUACAAAAUCAUUAGUCUUGUAGUUUUAAAUUUAAGUUUCUUCCCAAAUGUAUAUUGUAGGCAUUAUGUUUUUUAAUAAAUGUUCAUUGAAUAUUGCCUUA